GAUCGAGUGCGUGUACGUUGCUGCGUGUGUGUUGUGUUGUGUCUUGUAUAGUUGUAUGUGUGUGUACGCGUGACUGUUUGAGUGUGUGUGCGCGCCUAUGUACGCGAAGUGUCUCGUGCGAGGCCGUCCGCGCUUAUCUCGUCAAAGGUUGUUGUUCUGUCCGUUCCGUUUCGUCCGUCAACGGGAACCAUAUACGACAUUAAAAAUAAUCGCAUUCCGACUUCCGAGUUCCGGUGCAGUUAAUCCGUUGUUUUUUUUUUUUAUACACCCACCCCUUCGGUGGUUUCCGUGCGCCGAUAACAUAUAUGUUUUGAACGGACGCCCCUAACCAACGAUGGAAGCCACGGCCAAGCACGACUUCAAAGCCACAGCGCCCGACGAACUGAGCUUCAAAAAGGGUAGCUUGCUCAGGGUGAUCAACAUGGAAGACGAUGUCAACUGGUUUCGGGCUGAGUUCGAGGGCAAAGAGGGACUAAUACCUAGUAAUUAUAUAGAAAUGAAAAAUCAUGAUUGGUACUAUGGAAAAAUCACUCGAGCAGAUGCUGAGAAAUUAUUGGACCAACAGCCUGAGGGUUGUUUUCUGGUACGAAUAAGUGAGAGUUCACCUGGAGAUUUUUCACUAUCUGUCAAAUGUGGUGAUGGUGUCCAACAUUUCAAAGUUCUACGAGAUGCACAAGCAAAAUUCUUCCUGUGGGUGGUGAAAUUUGAUAGUUUAAAUGAAUUAGUUGAUUAUCAUCGAGAAUCAUCUGUGUCCCGUUCACAAGAUGUUAGGCUAAGGGACAUGCCAACAGCAACUCAAAAUGGAUUUAAUCAAAAGCCGACGCUAGUAAUUGGAAUGUAUGACUUUACACCUCAAGAAGAGGGAGAGUUAGCAUUUAAACGAGGAGAUGUUAUAACUGUGACAAAUCGCACUGAUGUAAAUUGGUGGCGAGGUGAGAUUGGCACCAGAGAAGGACUGUUUCCAGCUGCGUAUGUUUCUCCAUAUCAUGCCCCUUAAUCUACAAUGUUCUUCAUUAUAUUGGAUGUAUUUACUACUAUAUGGAAUGUAUAUUUACUACGGUAGAAAACAUGUGACCACAAAUAGACUUAACAAUUCUAGAUUUUUCCCUCGGGAUCAGAUUAUUUAUUGCAAUAAAAAAAAAAGUCAAUAAAUAUUUAAAUACUUAAAUCUGUUUAGGUUUUCCAAGUUUUGUUAUUAAUUAAUUCAUUGAUAUAUUAACUUAAUUUUUUUUUUUGCUUAUCCAUUAAUUUUUGUUCGUAAAUAUGUUCAAGGGUAAUAUACUAUGAAUCAAAAUAAUAAAAUGUUACCUACUUAACAAUCGUUUCAAAAAGGUAUUUUUUACUAUUUAGAAUAUACAUAAAGAACUAUUUUGACAAGUAAUAAUCAUUGAGUAAAAACCAUUAGUUUUCAUAUUUGAUAAAUCGUUGUCAUCAUGUAAAAAGUGAUCUUAAGAUCUUUACAAAUCUUAGGAGGACGCUACCCAUCCAUUGUCUUUGUCUUACUCAUGUAUGACAGAAAAUUUCCAUUCACUAAUGUGCUGUUGUUAAUUUUGAUAUUAGAGCAAAUUAAUUAUCAACGUUUUUUUAAGAAAAUUAUCUUAAUAUAUGCAUGGGAUAUUUUCAAUAUGAUUUUUUUCAAUUUGUAAUAUUUUCCAUACCUAUAAUAUCAAAAAAUCACCAAUGCAUAAGCACAGAUAACUUAUCUUAUCUAAAAGUUUGAUAUUAGGUGAAUUUACCCUAAUUCAAAAUUAACCCUAAUUUGACGAGACUUGAAUCACAAGGGUGAACCACCAUUUCAGUCACUCGACCUAAGCAUGAUAGAAUCAAACAUGUUUGAUUUUCAGUUGUGGGAUACAAAUGAAGGUAGCAUGAUGUGGUACACCAUUAUUAAUGCCUCGUAAGAACCCUGCAAAAUAUCAAAACUAACAAUACACUAUUCAAUGUAGUGAACUAAAUUUCAUAUCAUAUUUUYGUAAAAUGAAGACAUCAAAUGCAUAGUGUCUUCUUAUUAAUUUUCUCUUCAACACAUUUUGCAUGAAAGCAAUAAAAUGUAUAUUAAUUUAUAGACUUUUUUGGCAUUUAUAAUUUUGAUUUAUAUGUAUGAGUUUUUUGCUCACGUGCUUAAAGUGUAUCUAUGCAUUUAAACCAUAAACAUUGCUUUGAUAACCCGCUAUUGUUUAUAAAUUAUAAUAUAUGAUAAUAGUUCUGCAUAUUAUGGUUAAUACACUAAUGUCUAAAAUGUAAAAAUAAUACCAACAAACAAUAAGUCAAUAAACAUAAAUAAAGGUUAAUUGUUCAUAAAGAUUAAAGUUACAAUAAAACAGUAUCUUUUUUUUCUUUCAACCAUCAAUUCAAAUUAUUUAUUA